UCAAAGGGCAGCCGCAACACGGACUUGGAUGAUACACAGAGUCAAAACAAGGAAGAUGACGUCCUGUUGGAUGCUGCUGAUAAUCAGAAACAAGAUGAAGCAAAUGGAGAUGCAGAAUGUGAGGACAAACACCCACCAUUCAAAACCCCAAGAUGGACUCCCAAACGCGUCCGACAAAAUGAGGACUCCACUGCACAAGAAGCUGUGAACUGCCUCAAGUCUCUAUCAAAAGUUGUUACAGCCAAAGAUGAGCAUUCAGUAUAUGGAGAUUAGGUUGCAAAUAAAAUAAGAAAUUGUGACAAGUCCAGGAUGGAGAUCUCUUUGGCUCAGCGCUAUAUAAAUGAUAUUUUAUUUCGAUUGGACAUGGGUCUGUUAGCUGCUGACCUUCAGACCAUUCAGAUGCCACAUCCACCUUCCACUUCCAGUUCUUCAUUCACAUCCCCAACUUCAUAUGUUUCGCAAAACACUUGUUUUUCGAAUCCUUCUACACCUUCUGCUAGUCUAGAAGUAGUUGGAGAUGUUCAACUUGAACAACAAUUGGAGUCAAGGGAUACAAUGAGCAAUGACAUUCGCGAUUUUGUUGCGAAUUAUACCACUUUAUAAAUGUUUCGCAUUGAUUUCAUAAAAUGUCUAAUUAAAUUAAACAUGUUUUGUG